UCCUCAACUUUGUUGCCUCUGCGGACGCGCGCCAGAUCAGAUCACUCGCAGCAUCUUUCUGAAGGACAUGACUAGACUAAACGGACAGAGAAUGGAUGCAAACGUCGUGGUGCUCGGCACAGACAAUGUUGGAAAAUCUGCACUUAUUGUCCGAUUCCUGACUCGUAGAUUCAUCGGGGAAUAUGGGGAUAUUGAGUCCCUUUACACUCACAAUGUCGUUGUGGAUGGACGAGAGCAAACUCUGAAUAUAUGGGAUGCACCAUAUUCACAGGACCUGUCCUUCGAGUCCUUGAUGUGUGAGAAAAGAGUCCAGUGGGCAGAUGGCUUUGUGCUGGUCUACAGCAUCUGUGACCGAGCCAGUUUCAACGCAGUCUCCAGACUCAUCCAAACAAUCAAAACCGCUAAGGACUUUCUGGGCUUUGAGAAGAUGCCCAUAGUUAUUGUGGGAAACAAGAGAGACCUGCACCAUCGCCGUACGGUCCUCAGCGAGGAGGGCAGGCUGCUGGCGCUCUCUGCCGACUGUCAGUUUUAUGAGGUCUCGGCUGCUGAGAACUACCACAGCGUCCUCAUGGUUUUCCACGGGCUGGUGGAUCGCAUCAGGGAGUCCAGGGUGUCUGUGAAAAAGUUAGCAGGCAUCAAGAGCAUUGUGAAGAGCAUGUCUGCAGUGUUCGCCCGCAGGCGAACGGAUUCGUUGUGAAGCUAGUGAGAGCUCUGGAAAUAAAGCUUACUGUAUGUGGUCUGAUAUGACCUAUUUUAAACCAUCGAGAGAGACAAACUAUUGCUGUGGCUCCUAAAAGAGUCCCGGAUCUCUCACAUGACUACAGCUGGACCUUCCACUAUGAGAUUGUCUUAGUUUGUCUGCUAAAGUGAUGGCAUCCAUUGAGAAUGUGUUGAAAGUGGAGAGUUCUCAAUACAAGGCUUAAGAUGCGGUAGCAGAUUAUAGCAAUCAAAAGUGGAGUUAAUAUUCAUAGUAUGAUCACAUUUGCUUACUUUAAGCAGGAAAGAUCUCAGUGCUUCUGCAAAUAAUCAUGAUGAGUGUUGGCAACAGGUAAAAACACUCUGGUGAUGACGGCCGUGGGAGUCAUUCAUGAUUCAAUGCUGUGUUCUAAAAAUAUAAGCAGAUGCAAGACGACAAUGUCUUUUGCUACAUUUAUCAAAUACAAAAGUCUCCCACAGUAUUGUCAUACCGAGGAGUUGUCAUCAGCUCAAGGCCGUCUUGCAGUUUAAUCGCAAUGGACUGUUUGUUGAUUGCGUCUUUGUGCAUUCAGCACAAUGUGUUUUUUCCCCAGCUUCUUUUCUGAGGCUGGUCAAAUGCUUUAUGAAAAACACACCACACUGUGUAAUUGUGCUACAAAAUAUAAUAAAUCACAUAAAGACUUCCCCUGAAUGCCAAUGCACAGUGCAAUGUUACAAUCAUCAGCAUAUGAAUAUGCUGUUUUUGUAUUGAAUACAUUGUUACACCAAAAUCAUGUAUUCGAAGUAUGUUAACUUCAGUUGAAGAAAGAUUGCCAAUUGAAAUCUAAAGUGAAACAAAUGGAGUGAAUACAUGGUGUAGAGCUGACAGAUACGAGUAUUUAUUUGUCAUAUAUUUAUAGACCACAUAGACAUUACAAGUAUGCAUGUAAACAUUUUGAUCUGCUCUUUUAUUCUGAUAUAAUGACUAAAGAGGAGUAGCUCAUCAAAUGUUUUAAUUAUUCUUGUAAUUCAUAUUAAAAUAGGGAAAAAUUUAGGCUCAAAACAGUCACAGGCUAUUUUCUGCAAUUAUUAUGCUGUAUGUGUUGCAUAAAUCAUCUAAAAAAAACUGAAUGAUCUUUGCUGUAAUGAUUUGCUGUAAAUGUCAUUCUGGUAUCUUGAAAGAGAUGCAAAUCUGAGGACUUUUCCAUCGAGCACAUUGUCCACUCAAAAACUAAUAGAGGCAGUGACAUCGCAACAAAAAAAAUGAUUAUAGUAAAUCAUUUAUACUGGUACUUAAUGGGUCACAACUGUGCAGUUUUUGUGUAAUGAACCUGUUGUGUAAUGAUGAAAUCUCAUUCCUCACAUCUUGGUUUUGCAAGGGAAUCUUUUGGAAAAAGUGUAUGAUCACCAAUUGCUGUGACUGCUGAUACAAUAAAAUAUCAGUGAAAAUUA